CACGACACCGGCGCACAGAGCACUUUGGAGUGAUACGCUCGUACACCACCGCCCGCAUCAGGUCAGCUAAAGGCAUAGGCUGGCUCACAUGGCAUUCGACCUUAUGCCGGGGAAGCUAACCGUGGAUGUUGACAGUCAGGUCGAUAGUGCGCAGGUUCGGGAAUACAUCCGCCCGAGGCUCGGCACGGCUGUGAUGUUCCACGCUCACUGUUUCCGACAAGCAGGCAUGACAGGUGGAAAGCCUCUGUGCGGAGCUCAGUGUACCCGCGAACUUCUUCAUGGAGCGAGGAGAGUCGAAGGUAAACUUCGUGCGGUGGUACAGCAGCAGGCGUACGUCUCAAUAUGUCUGGCGGUUGACGUGCAUCAAGGAAUCACCGGUUACGGGCACAUACGUACGGACGAUCAUCAUGUCUCCGUUGGAGUGCUCUGUCCCAUUCUCCGCCGCAUACCGGAGGAUGUGGCUGUGGUGGAGUACUAUUGCUGCAAGCGUACGCUGCUUCGAAAGAAGACUGCGUAGAGUCGAAGAGUCUCCCGCGGAUCCCCCUGCGGAGUGCUGGCGGUGGUAAAAUGACUUUAGAGUCGAUGAGGACAAUGUUGUCCAGAGCGAGUCAUAAAUACGCGUCCGGAGCUCUGCUGGGAGUAUCAACAACGCAGACUCAGUGUCGGUGUUGUUAGGAGGUGUGGCCAUCGUGCUGAGACUUUGUUCCUGAUUGCCUUACAGUCUGCACACUUACUACGAC